AUGUCCGCGACGCCCCUGCGCGCGGCGCUCGACCGCGAACCGGCGUGGGAAUCGUUCCUGCGCGGACGUUUGCUCCGCGAAGAGGAUGUGGCGCGAUUGACGAAGAUCGCGGACGUCGCGCGGGCGCUGGACGUCGACGGCCACGGCGCGGGCGUCGAUCGAGACGAGAGACGAUCGCGAGAGGCGCGAGGGACGAUGCGGGCGACGAUGCGGCAUCACGGGGGGGCGGUGUGCGAGACCCUGUUGGGGGCGCUGGGGAACGUGGGGGCGACGGAGGCGACGGAGCACGUGCUUGCGCUGGUGGACGUCGUCGUGCACUCGAGAACGUGGGACGUCGAGGGUGAGCGGAGUGGGGGGGGGGAGGUGAAUGGGGCGGCGUUGUUGGCGACGUACGAUGGGCGACGCGAGGACGCGGAUGGGAACGGGACGCUGGCGGCGGUGGACGGAACGGCGGACGCGGAUGCGUUUUACGCCAUGUCGAGGACGCUGUCGAGACCGGACAGCGCGAACUCGCGGUUCAUUAAGGAGACGAGCGCGCGAGUUUUGGCGAAGCUCAUCGAGGCGCGACCGCGAACUGGGGUCGAGGCGGAGAGCAAGGCGGAGAGCGCGAGACGCGCGGCGCGAGUCGUCGUCUCUUGGGCGUCGAAGGAGUUACGGUCGUGGACGGAGAGCGGCGACGACGGCGUUGUUCCCGCGGUGGCCUGUGCGCUCGCGGGAUCUUUAGAGAUACCCGAGUCGCGGGUGUUUGCCGCGACGGAGGGUAUCGUGGGGCUGCUCACUCCUGUUCUGCGGGCAAACGACCGGUUUAGCGUGCAGACCAUGUACGAGGUGGCGCUCUGCUUUUGGCUGAUGAGUUUCACGAAAGAGGGUCGUAAGGACAUGUGCGCGCGAGGAGCGAGCGCGGUGAAGGCUCUCAUGGCGUGCGCGGGUGCGGCGAGCAAGGAGAAAGUCAUUCGCAUGUGCGUGCUGGCGCUGAAAAACGUCACCGAUCGACAAGGAGCGCAGGGCGAGGCGGUGUUGGACAACUUCACCGCCGUGGACGAGCCGCUGCAGAAGUUGGUCAGAAAUCUCUCACUCAAGGGUUUCGAGGACGAAGAGCUCUCGGUGACGCUCACGGAGCUCGAUGAGGACUUGCUGCAUCGUCGGAAAGAGGCGAGCAGCUGGGAGCGUUACAGGGACGAGGUCAUGAGCGGGAGCUUGGAAUGGAGCGCCGCGCACAGAGACGAAGGUUUUUGGCGCGAGUGUGCUACCAAACUCACGGACAACAACUGCCAAAUUCUUCGCGUCUUGAUCAAGCUCAUCGAUGGCAACGAGCCGAUGGAUUCCAAAACGCUCGCUGUCGCGUGUAACGACAUCGGUGAAUUCGCUGUGCACUACCCGGCUGGAAGAUUCUUGGCGAACGAUCUCGGGGGUAAAGAGCAUACGAUGCGUCUGAUGAAUCACGAGGAUGACGAAGUGCGCAAGUACGCUCUGCAGUGCGUGCAAAAGCUCCUUGUUUCAAGUUGGCGCUCGCUGGGCAAAACAGCCGAAGCAAAGUAA